AUGCAAUGUAUUUCGGAUCUAACCCGAACCUCGAUCCAUAUAACAUCGCAAAUCAUCAUCUUAUGCUGCAGUUCGGAUAAGACGCUGCAAGCGCUUGCUCACUCGAGCUCUCAAAUUUCAGUCAUGGCUUCCAUCGUUCUUUCUCAGGCGCUAUAUAUGAUACCCACGGAUGUAGCAAAAUUUGAAUCGAAGAAACUUAGGGUUUCCUCCUUUCUUCCCCAAUUCAACGCAGCUUCUGUGUCUAUAUCCACGGUUUCUUCAUAUCGUUGUCGUCAUAAUUAUGGAUUUCGUUGUGGGGAUUCUUUGGUGGUUAGAGCUGGGGCUGAUGCUGGUGCUGAUGCUGACCCAGAGCCCGAGACGAAGACUGUUGCAGCAGAAACUACGGAGAAGGAAGACGAGGAAGAAGUAGAAGAAAAAAAACCUAAGAAAGCUAUUGUAAAGCUUGGCGACAUUAUGGGGAUUCUGAACAAGCAAGCAGUUGAAGCUUCAGAAAGCUCAAGGCCAGUGCCAGACCUUCGAACUGGAGAUAUUAUUGAAAUUAAAUUGGAAGUGCCCGAGAACAGGCGUAGGUUGUCUGUUUACAAAGGCAUAAUAAUCUCAAGGCAAAACGCUGGCAUUCACACCACAAUUCGCAUCCGCAGGAUCAUUGCUGGAGUUGGAGUUGAGAUUGUCUUCCCCAUAUACUCUCCGAACAUCAAAGAAAUAAAAGUGGUGAAGCAUCGGAAAGUCCGAAGAGCAAGGUUGUACUAUCUGCGAGACAAACUUCCGAGGCUCUCCACUUUUAAAUGAAAACCCAUCAGCAGCUACCAUGUCAAGUUUUGGUCUUGGAAAACAAACACAAAUCAUGUAUCAAGAUUCCUUUUAUAUGUAAUUUUUGUCUAGUUCACUGAUUGAUUUGGCAGCAAGUAUCUUUUUUCUUAUAUAG